AUGUCUACCAAGCAGCCAACCGUAUCAGCCUCGCCGGCCGAGUCCUCGGCGUCCUCCGACCGCGACAGCUUGACGUCCAAACGCGCAACUGAAGCCGCCGCACCGCCUCUCGCUCCGGCGCUGGCCAGCCAAGAGACGCAACGGAUGGAAUCAGUCCUUGGAGACACUAUUCUAAGACUCCUCCGCAUUCGCAAAGGGCCUAGAAGGGAGCAGUACGAUCUCGACGCGAUCGCCACUCAGCCCAGUAUCUGGGACUCUGAAAAUCUAGAGGAGUACAAGAGCUUAUACAUCCACCCGAAGUGGGAAAACUGGAGCGCCUUCGAUCCCAGCUUCCGGUGGACAUGGCGCGAAGAGAGGGCGGUGCGCCGCAAGGUGGACUGGAAGAUCAUGGUCUGGGUCUGCAUCAUGUUUGCUGCACUCAAUAUCGACCGGAACAACAUUUCCAACGCUGUCUCGGACAAUAUGCUCGACGAUCUGGGCCUCACGCAAGCUGACUAUAACCUCGGCAAAACUAUCGGGCGUGUCGGAUUCCUCGUUGCCGAACUUCCAUCGCAAAUCAUCUCCAAGCGAAUUGGACCCGAUGUGUGGAUUCCCAUCCAGAUAUGCAUCUUUAGUCUCAUCUCUGCGCUUCAGUUUUUUCUCAAGGGCAGGGCUUCGUUUUUGGCUACCCGAUACCUCAUUGCAACAUUCCAAGGCGGCUUCAUCCCCGACACUAUUCUGUACCUGAGCUACUUCUAUACUGGACCCGCGCUUCCAGUGAGACUCGCCUGGUACUGGCUGUCCUCCCAACUGGUCGAUAUUGGUGUGGGAUUUGCUGCGGUCGGGUUAUUGUCUAUGCGGGGCGUCCUAGGGUACGCCGGUUGGCGAUGGUUGUUCCUCAUUGAAGGUGCCUUUACUUUCCUUGUCGGCAUUGCGUCGUUCUUCCUCAUGCCUCAGUGCCCGAGCAAGACCAAGAGCCGCUGGAAUCCGAAGGGCUACUUUACUGAGAGGGAAGAGAAGAUCAUUGUCAACUCCGUGAUUCGUGACGACCCCCAGAAAGGAGGAAUGUACAACCGACAAGGUCUCUCCGUCCGCCAGAUCUGGGAGUGUAGCAAGGACUAUGACAUGUGGCCGCUUUACGCUCUGGGCCUGCUGUUCGGUCUUCCAAAGUAUCCUGUUGACCAAUACCUCACUCUCUCAUUCCGCGGACUCGGCUUCGAUGUCAUCGAGACGAACCUGCUUUCGAUUCCGAAUAUCGUCGCGUCGAGUAUCACUAUGCUACUAAUCACGGCAUUUAGCGAGCUGGUCAAUAACCGCAGCUUUGUGGCCAUGGCGGAGGAUGCAUGGCUGUUGCCGUGCUUUGUGGCUUUGAUCGCGUUGCCAGAUCCAAUCGGUCCGUGGCAGUACUUUGCCAUUGCCACGGUGUUGUUGUCAUUCCCUUACACACAUCCCAUUCAGGUAGCCUGGACAAGCAGAAACGCGGGGUCCGUACAGAACAGAACUGUCUCCGCUGCUCUCUACAAUAUGUGGGUUCAGGUUAGUGGAAUGAUCGGUGCAAACAUCUAUCAAUCGAGCGACGCACCCCGGUACUUUAAAGCGAACAAAGGUCUCCUCGUCAUAUGUAUUUGGAUGUGUUUUAUCCAAUACCCCGGGACGUACUUCUACUACCGCUGGCGCAACAACUCCAAGGCCAAACAGUGGGAUGCCAUGACUCCCGAGGAGCAGCACCAUUAUAGACAAACUAGCACCGACAAGGGCAAUAAGCGCCUUGAUUUCCGGUUUGCCACGUAA